UGGUCGGCUGCGCGAGCGCGUUCUCUUCCUGUGCCACACGGCGCGUCCAUAACGGAGAGGAGGGGGUGCAGGAGGAGGGAGGUCAGCCAGUGAACAAAAUGGCGGCUGCGUCAAUUACUGCCCCUUCGCCUCAACCGCUGCACAAACACGCAGCCGUCGGCGGCUCUCCAUAGCCUUAUGAGCCUAGUCUCCAGCUCCACGCCGCGUGCACUUUAAAUAGGCGCAGGUGAGCGGCCGCCUCUUAUCGCUUGGCGCAGAGUUGGAUGCUAUAAUCACCAAAGAAGCUGAAGAGAAGCUAGACAGGGGCCCUGCACAAGAGGAGGACAUACUGUUGAUGGAAGCGGGGAGGACGAAACCGACACAGAGAGAAAAGAAGCUGGUUUGAAGUGCCAUUUAACAGGUCCAUUGCGACUUUCACCCAGUUCUCCUGCCCGCACAGCGGCUCCCUCCUUGCGACUAGCACCGCCAGCGAUGCCAAGUGUGCCCCACCCGGCUCUCCGCCGUGUCUCUGUCAUCACCGCCGCCGUGAACAGGGACAGCUGCUGAACACGGAUAGCCUGUCCUGCCGGACUCGCCGGUGCCCUGGCAACCCGGGCACGGCUCUCUUCUGGUCAGUUGGGGGGCGUACCUCCGGCCAGCGAGGUCCCAGACCCCACCCUCUCAGAGAACCUCCUGGACACAGGCAUGGCACCUAUCCGAGACUCAGUGAGCCACUCCCCAAACCAGACAGAUGUGACUCACAGCAGCCUGGGCACCCAGUACGAGAAUCACCUGUGGAACUCUGGUUCCCCAGGAAGCGAUUCUGACGUCCCCUGGGGUGGUGGCGUCAUCGUAGGCGGGUGUGACAGAGAGGUCUGGCCCUCGAUCCACAGCGGCAACACAGAUCUGGCCUCGGAGUGUGUGGAUGGCGACUCCGCCUCCAGCUCGGGCUCAGAGAAGAAUCUCCGGGCGACUGUUGCCAAGGGCGAUGGCAGCAAUGGCAAACAGGCCCACGGGCCCGGGUCUCAUUUCACAGUGGCAAAUGGCAGUGACUACGCUGGCAAUGGAGGCCUUGGGGGAACUUGGGGUGUGACACACAGCCCUGCCGUGGGGGUGUGCGAGGGCCCAGUGGAGGCCUUAGCCAGCGGAGGCACUCUGAACGCAAACGCCAGCCACGGUGCCUGGUCAAUCUCUCAGAGUGCUGGGCUGAUGGGUGCCGCACAAGCAGACCCCUCAGUCUGGGGGGAGUCGCUCCAGGAAGACUGCCCUGAGCCUGCAGCCGCUGGUGCCACUGGUGGGCAAACUCAAAACCUUAACACUGAAAAGAACGGACCAAACAACACUACUAACGGCGUGACCUCCAGUUUACCAAACUCUACUGGUUCGUUGGAAAUGGACGAACCCUCCACAUGGCACACGGGUGCCGGGGUCGACUCCGCCCAAUUCCGGACCUCCUCCACUGUCCCUGGAAGCGGCAAGGGAGGAAACAGUGGAUCUCAUGGUGUAGUGUGGGCAGCGCAGACAGGCACUACCUACUCGAGUGACAAACCCUCUGUCCUGGAAGACCCAGCUGCGUCUGACACUGUGAAAGCAAGCCUGGCUCACCCUGCUGUUCACGGUGCUGCCUCCUUCGGUAACUGUGACGACGACAGCAGUUCCAGGGCUCAGAAUGGGGGGUGGGACUCUGGCCCCAGGGCCUCGCAGAGCAUGACCUGGAGCACUGGUGGCAGCGUUGGGCCUGCAACAGCCCCUCGUCCCUGGGAGAGUACGUCCUCCUCAUCCUCAUCUUCGUCUUCCUCGUCCAACGCUGGAGCCAGGGUCUCGAACGGGGAGUGGACCUCCAUGCCCGGUGGUAGACAGCGGCACCACACCGACAAUGCAGACAAGAAGGGAACAGGCGGCUGGAAGUCCCUUGAGGAUGAUGCCCUCGGUGCCGUGGGGCAGCAGGGUCAUGGCACAUGGUCACGACCAGCAGGGGGCAGCGAAGGGAGUGCUGAGAGUAGCACUGGCAGCCACGGGGACCGAGAAAAGGAUGCUCAUGGUGGCAACGGUCACAAAAAGGCAAACCACUCUUCAGGACUGAUGCAGAAUAUGCUGUCGCCGGCUGACAUUGAUCCCCGGGUCCUAUCUAACAAUGGCUGGGGUCAGACACCAGUCCGGCAGAACACCACCUGGGAUGCGGCCGUCACCUCUGACAAAAAGCCGGAUGCUGGCACGGGGGGCCGGGCGGCCGCCCCCACCCCCAGAGGCAGCAGCUCGACAGCCUCAGCUGGAUGGGAGGAUCCGAAAUCUGCCUCGGGAUGGGGGGGUGCCAAAGGUCUGAGUGGACAGGACAGUUGGGAAGACGGUUCAGCCAGAAAUGGGCCGUCGGCAGGCUUGAGCAAGGAGAACAAGUCAUGGUGCGGUACUCAGAAGAUGAAGCAAGGCUGGUCAGCUGGACCCGAGGGGUGGGGUGGGGAGAGCUCUCAGAUGAAUCACUGGGUGGAGCCCCAGAAAUCAGGCUCUGGCAGCUGGGACAGCGACAGCGACCGUUCAGGCUCCGGAUGGAGUGAGUCGGGCCAUCGCAGCAAUCGAUCAGGCAGUGCCCCCUUCAAGAAUGAUGGUCCGACAGGCUGGGGAGAGCCUUCCAAGCAAGGCGAGCAGAAUCGGGGCUGGGGUGAACCCAUCAAGCAGAACAACCAGAACCAGAGCUGGGGUGAACCCACUAAGCAGGGCGAGCAGAACCGGGCAUGGGAUGAGCCCGCUAAACAGAACAACCAGGGCUGGGGGGAGCCCAGCAAGCAGGGCGACCCAAACCGAGGUUGGGGUGAGCCAUCUAAGCAGAAUGACCAGAACCAGGGCUGGAGUGAGCCCCCCAAGCAGACUGACCAGGGCUGGGGUGAGUCGGGAAGCACUGGUACAAUUCGACGUAAAGGUAUCGAGAAUGGAAAGAGAAACCAGUCCACCUCUGGCUGGGGAGGUGAUUCCACCACACAUGGCUCUCCAGACUGGAACAAGAUGCAGGAACCCGCGUCCGGCCCGUCUGGAGCUCCUGGCAACAACAAACCCUCUGGCUGGCUCGCUGGGCCAAUUCCAACACCACCUAAGGGGGAUGGGCCAACAGGCUGGGAGGAGCCUUCCCCUGAGUCCAUCCGUCGGAAGAUGGCGAUUGACGACGGCACGUCAGCCUGGGGUGACCCCAGCAAGUACAACUCCAGCAGCGUCAACUUGUGGGGUUCCGGUGCCGGGGGUGACACAGGGACCCCCACAACCCCACAGCAGGCACCUCCUAGCUCCUUCCCAGAGAAAGAGAAGACCUUCAGUUCAGGGUGGGGGGAGCCGUACGAAAGGACACCGAAAUGUGAAUCAUCUUGGGGAGAGCCUCCGACUGGUCCCCCGGUCUCAGUAGACAAUGGCACAGCAGCCUGGGGCAAGCCAGCGGACACCGGGUCGAGUUGGGAGGAGUCAGCUGGAGGUCCUAGCAGCUGGGGGCAGCAGUCGCAGCACAAAUCUGUGCCCAAACCUAUGCAAGACUGCUGGGGUGCUGAGCAGGGGCCUGCGACGAGCCGCCCGGCCUGGGAGGACAAGGGCCACGUGGAGAUCGGGAUGUGGAACAACGCCUCCCAGGAGACUAACCAGUCUGGGAACUGGUCUUAUAUGAAGAAGGCCCCUCCAAAGUUUAACAAGGGGGCCAGCAAGACCGAUGACACUUGGAUGAACCAGAUGGCAAAGCAAUUCGGCAGCAUUAAUUUCCCUAGAGACAGCCCUGAAGAAGCCCUCCCUAGCAAUAAGAUGGAUGUACCUGGAGGGACAAUGAUGGACAAGCGAGCAGAUCCUACGGAGUACAGCGGCAUGAUGGGAAGAGGUGCUGGCUCACGACACCAAGUGAGCAAGGAGCCCUCAACAGACCGUGGACCUUACUUUGACAAGAAUGUCGGUCCUGCGUUCGGGGGAGGUCAUGUGAUGACGCACGGCCGGAGCUCCCAGCAGCCGCCAGCACAACCCCGUGCUCAGGUGCCUCCCUCGCUGCUCCCCUCUCAGGUCCCUCCGUCACUGCUGAAAUACCCCCCUAGCAACGGUGGUUUAGGCCCUCUCUUCGGACCCCAGCAGUUGGCUGUGCUCAACCAGCUGAACCAACUCAACCAGUUGAACCAAUUGAACCAACUCAACCAGCUGAACCAGCUAAACCAACUCUCCCAGUUGCAGCGCCUCCUGCAGCAGCAGCAACAACAGCAGCAGCAGCAGCAGAAGAGAAACCUGCUAGUGGGGAAUCGGCAACAGCAAGAUCCACAGGGUCGGCCUCUGGGCCCUUGUUCCCAGCUUCCCCCAAGACACCUGGACCCGGCCCAGCACAAACAGCAGCACAGUUCCUCUCAAGCUUCAGCUUUUCUGAACCAGCCGACUCUCAAGACCUACCUGGAGAGCCUGGUUCCCCAGGCUGUGGCUCCCGACCCCCCGAGGGAGCAGAGCACGCUGGGUGCCUUCGCCUCCAGCUUCUCCCUGAACAGCUUCCCUGCCCAUGGGGGCCUGAGGCAGGCAGAGGCGCUGCUGCAACAAGCAGUGAAGCCCCCGCAGGUCACAGCUGGCCCGGAUGGACAUGGGCUUCUGAGUCCCACCCUGAGUAACGGCCUCGCCGGGCCGGACUCGCCCCUCCAGACACGAUCCAGAAGGACCGGUAGUGGCCUCGACGGCAGCUCUGUGUCAGCGAAAGGCCUGAACUCAAACUUGAAUAUAAACACUCUGGAUCUGGGUUUCAAAGAGCCGCAGCAGAGUCGCCUGAAGAAAUGGACUGCGUUGGACGUUUCCGUGAACACGCCGCUUGAUCAAAACGCCAGCAAAUCUGGUACUCUCUCCUCUGGGCUGAGGGGCGAGGACCCCCCCUUUAUCCCCUAUGACAUCAGAAACGGCAGUAGCUCCCCCGUCAGCCCGCCUGGAUCCGUGGGGGACGGCUGGCCCUCCCGUGCCAAAUCCCCUCAUGGUGCCAGCCAUGCCAACUGGCCGCUAGAGUUCCGUCCUGGUGAGCCCUGGAAAGGAUAUCCAAACAUCGACCCCGAAAACGACCCCUACAUCACUCCUGGCAGUGUGAUUAAUAACCUCUCCAUCUAUACUGUUCGGGACGUGGAUCACCUCAGGGACAGGAGCAGUGGGCCAACCUCAUCUCUGAACACCGCGCUGCCUUCAACUAGUGCCUGGUCAUCCAUUCGUGCCUCCACUUUCAGCGGUUCCCUCAACAGCACAGCACAAAGCACUUCAGCCAGAACGAGUGACUCCAAAUGUGGAUGGUCGCCCGGCUCUAGCUCCAGCUCCUCCCUGGCCCAUGAGCUGUGGAAGGUCCCCCUGCUCACCAGGACUGCGCCUUCCCGCCCUCCGCCCGGCCUAACCGGCCAGAAGCAGCCCUCAUCCUGGGACGGCAGCUCGCUCCGCCUCGGCAGCUGGGCCAGCUCCGACUCCAGGUUCACCCCCGGUUCAAGCUGGAGUGAGAGCAGCUCAGCGCGGACAAAUUGGCUUAUUCUGAAAAAUCUCACGCCUCAGAUCGAUGGCUCCACGCUGCGGACUCUGUGCAUGCAGCACGGCCCUCUGAUAACAUUCCACCUGAACUUGCCCCACGGUAACGCCGUCGUCUGCUACAGCUCCAAGGAGGAGGCGGCCAAGGCACAAAUCUCGCUGCACAUGUGUGUUUUAGGGAACACUACCAUUCUUGCUGAGUUUGCUAGUGAAGAGGAGGUCAGCCGUUUCUUUGCACAAGGCCAGUCCAUGGCUGCCUCACCCAGCUGGCAGUCCCUGGGUGCCCCCCCCACCCCCCGGGCCGGCCCCAUGGACGGUGCCCACGCCUUCCCCGGUCGCUCUGACGCCGGCCACUGGAGCACCACUGGGGACCUCCAGGGCUCCUCCCUCUGGGGGGCUCCAACCUAUUCCGCUAGCCUGUGGGGGAACUCCGGGGAAGGUGAGAGCCGGGGGGUGGCCAGCCCCUCCCCCCUCAGCUCCUUCCUACCCGUUGACCACCUGGCAGGGGGUGGGGACACUAUGUGACACAGAACUGUGACCUCGGCGUUAACAACUAUUAACCAUAACAAUAACAACGAUGCUAAGAUAAUAGCGUUACGAAUGCGACCAAUGGCACUAGUUCAACCCUAACCCUAACCCCCUCCCAGCUACAAGAUGGCGGGGUCCCCCUGUGGAGAGAGGAAAAAGUUGCGCUUUUCUACACAUCUUUCCACUUUGUUUUAGCCCAAAACAUAUCAGUUUCAAUACUUGAAUCAUGCAGGCCAAUAUUAUAAUGUGAAAGAAUACAUUUCCACUUCCAGGUAGUGGUCUUCAUGCGUGGAAAAAGGCUUCAGACAAGUUCGGUUAAUGUUUGUUUGUUCGUUUCGUGUUAAUUUGAAUUCCAUUUUAAUUUUCUUUUUUUUGCGUGUUGCAUUUUUUUGCUGACGACGUUGGAGAACGAGCUUUUAACUUUUGCACUGAAUGUGGGUUUUCUGUAUAAUCUGCAAUAUUGAGGGGGGCCGUCCGCUCCUGCGUAGUCGUUUACUCAAGGAUGUUCUUUAAAAAAAAAAAAAACAGAAAAUCGUGUACGCUGUACUAUGCCUUGACGUACGCCCUACCUUUAUUGUGGUAUUGUGGAGUUUCAACGAUCAAAAUGCUGACAUAGGAUUACCUGCUAUCGAGGAGUAAGUAUUGCACCAGUUUUGUGUUUGAACUAAAGAAUUUAGCUCUGCGACGUGAACUGUAGCCACAUGACUUGGGAUUGGGGGAGGGGGGUGGGGGGUGGCACUAUCGGGGCAGGCUUUUCAUAUUGAUUUGGGGGGCCCUUCUUGGGCCCUCUUGUUUACAGACUCCUGUGAGAGGGAAAGUGUUUGCUCUUCCUUCGUUUUAAAGUUAAACAAAAAAAAAAUCAAAUAAUGCAAAAACUAAAAAAAAAAAAAAAAAAAAAAUAAAGUAAAAAAAAAAAAAAGUGAGGAUGAAGACAAAGCCUUCUAUCUCUGGGAAUACUAAUCAGUGUUCGGCCAUUUGUGUGUGUGUGUGUGUGUGUGGGGGGGGGGGGGGGGGGUUUCCCCACCUUCCUCACCUUCCUUCUUCCUCUUGUGUUAAUCUAUUCCUCUCGUCUGCUACAUUUAUGAGCAUGGAUCUCAGGAAAUGCACAGAUUCCCUGCGGAAACUCCUUGUAGGAUAAUCCAACUUUUAGCACUGACAUGAUGUAUAGCCCUGUAGAGUGUGAGUGUGUGUGUGUGUGUGUGUGCAUGUAUAUACGCGUGUGUUUUUUUUUUUUUUUUUUUUGCCGCCAAAUAAUUGCUUUAAGCCGGAUCUGUCCCACAUACUGCUCUCCGACAUGCUGUCUUUUUAUCGCCUGGCGAUGGCUCGACGAGAUGAGCUGCCGCCCCGCGUCUCGCCCUUUGUGACCGUCGGAAAUGGUCCGACAACUAUGCAUCCUGUAGCCAAGUAGCCGGCGUACAGAAUCGCGCUCGUCACGGCACCUCAAUGCGCCAUGUGCAGUUCUCGCUGUCCCUGCGGCAGAGAUGUUCUCCAAAAAGUCACACGGAAGUCUAUCACAUUUCAUUGCCUUGAUUUUCAAAUUGUCAAGUGGCUUUUAACUGUUUACAGAUAGAAUAUGAUUGUAACGUCUGCAGGUCGGUCCUUACCCAUAAUGACGCCGCCUCGUGUCUUUCGGCUGCUCCGGUACCUUGUCGGUAAGGCUACUUCGAGACCCCUGGCCGGUAGCUGAGAGACGGCAGUAGGCCAACAGUGGUGAAUGUAAUCUAUCGCUGGUAGUAUGACUAAACACAUUUUAAAUACUGUACAUAGAAGACUUAACAGACGAUACUUGCAAUAUUGGUUUAGUUAUUGUGAUGCACACAUUCAGGUGCUUCACAACGGAGGUAUAUGUAUUAAGCUCAACCAUGGACCUUAAAUGUCAGUGCCCCAGUUUUGUUUUGUUUUUUCUUUUAAUUGCUACAUUAUUUAAAAAAUAUUCUCAUUUAGGUUUUAAGUUGUUACGACCGGCUAGCCGUUUUACAGAACCUUGAGUAUUACCCAGAUUUUGUAGUUGCAUGCCAGUAUUGAAACAUUAAAUGAAUCAUAAUUAAUUCUGGGUCCUGCAUUACUCUGUCCUGAAGUGGAUCGUACUAACCAGGGUGGAAGGGGUGAGACGGACAAAGCCUUGGAUUUGCACUUGGUGUUCAUGUGGAAUGAGCCACAUCGUACUGUAUUUGUGUGCUCCUGAAUAGACGGGCACAGUCGCGGGGAGGUGGCGAGUUUUCCCAGGCUCUGCCGUCUCCUAAUUGUGUCCUUCCGGCUCUUUCUCACGUAAUGUGUUGAGCAUUCAGGGUUUCAUCUGCUUUUACCGCUCUGACUCGUGCUCUUCUGUGGGUUGUGUUUUUGUAUUUGUUCUUGUCCAUGGCUCCCAUUACUACUAUGAAGCAAAUGCCCAUUUACCCCGUUUAACAAAUAUGGGGAUGACCCCCCCCCUCCAUCCCCAAACUUGUACAGUGUCUUGUGCCCAGAGGAGCUGUGUGUGUGUGGAUACACCUAUUCUUUAAGCUUUAGGGUGUGUGUGUGUGUGUGUGUGUGUGUCCGCGGGUCACACCUCGCUCUGAUCCUGAGUUGGCUCGGUAUCACAGACCCCAGGACAGUCUCCCUUCUCCCAGAUUGCUGCUUGUCAAUAAUGUUGCUGGAGUUUGAGGAAAAGCCAGUGGCUCCUGCCUACUUUUUGCCUUCUGGCUUUCUGUAAACUUCAUGUUCAGCCCAUGUUUACCUACCUAGAGCUUUUUGUUUUUUUUUUUUUUUUUUUUUUUAAUUGUGUAACAGAACCCACUGAGGAUAUGUGAGAACUUGUCAUGCCAAAUUGUUGGGUGGGGUGGGGGGGGGUCAAUUUAUACUACUACUCAUAAAAGCUGGACAAUGUAUGCUCUGUCAGCUGAAGAUGGCCGUUCGGGGGUAAAACACAUGCAAUUGCUAACCAAUCCUCCGCAGUGGGAGGGAGGAGCUGGGUGGGCGGGGUGUAUCUGACUUUCAGCUUUUUGUAAUCAGAGAAUGUCAUUGUUUUUGGUUUUUUUAUAUAUAAUAUAUAUAUAUAUAUUUGUGAGAAGUACACCCUUGUCUUUUUCAACAGUCCCUGAUCUUUUACAAUGUGCUAAGCAAUCGACUUUACAUACUGUGAUCAUUGCUGUCUUAUUCUGAACCCCAAAAAAAGCUUUAGCAAAACCAGCAUAAAGAAAUACACAAAUGUUGCUUUGUAGAGUCCGCCUCCGUAACGAGGGACGUUCCGAGUCUAUGCAGUGUGAAGUUAAAGGCCUCUCUGCCCAGUAUGUAUGCUCUAUGUGCUCAGACCUUCGGUAGAAACUGGAGCUAUGAGUCAGACAUCAUUGAAUAUUGUGCCAUUAUUGAUCUGUAUGUGGUGAAAAUAUUGGCCAGUUGUAGCAUAAGGAGCAUUUUUAAUUUCUCUUCUCCCCCCCCCCUCCCCCCCCCAAGUCAAGCGGGUUGUGGAAAUCCAAAUUUUUAUAUAUAAAGAUGCAGUAUAUCAAAUUACGUUUGCUCACUCACUGGUCUUAUGCACACUGCUUUAAUAGACUGUUUAAUAAAUGUAUAGAACCAAUGUAUUUUACAGACUUAAAUGAACAGGAAGUACCUUUUACGCUGGUGUGUCUUCCUGGGGUGGGGUGGUAUCUGCGAAUUACCUUGGGUGAACUGCACUUUUUGAAGGACAAUCCUUAUUUGUAAUGGCAUAAAUUGACUAAAGAGAGUCUCAUGCAAGGUAGAAACUGUCGUGUGAUGAAUGUUUCCACUUAUAUUGUCUUACCCCCAGCCCUUUUUGUUGCUUGUUUUGUUUUUAGCACCCUUUAAUGAACAUGUAAGGCAAUUUAGCUUAGAUGUCCAGUCUUUGACUAUGCUAGUAGACUGAACUGUUUGUAGAGGUCAAUGCUGAUCUGUGUCCAAAUACCAAGCUGUAGAAAUUUGGUGCAAACCCACAAUAAAACCAAUAAGGGAACAUCU